AUGCCUUGGUUUCAUGCUUGUCUUAUUUUAGUAACUUUCCAAUGUACUUUGACUACAAUAAGUAUACCUCGCGAAAAUAUUGCACAGAGAACAUUGAUAAACAGUGCUUCAGAAAUUGCAAACGAAAACUUUAAUUAUUUAAAAAACACUGCUGUUAUAUCAAAAGAUGUUGAAGGAGAUCUAGUUGAUAUUUUUCUGAGAGGUUAUAAUGGCACAGUUAUAGUGGAAACCAAAAAAGUAGAACAACCGCCAAGGCAAGUUGUAGUUAUAGUCGAGUCUUAUAAUUCUUUUACAAAAUUGCUUGGUAUGUUGAGACCAGAUUUGAAAGGAAGGACAUUAUUAAGUAGCGGAGCAAAAUUCUUAAUAAUACUACUUGGUAAUUCACAUAGAAUUGACCGAAUUACGAAUAUUUUAUGGAGUUAUCACGCCACAAAUGCUGUUAUAGUGACUAAUGUACGGAAUAAAACCGGUAUAUAUACUUAUUUUCCCUACAAGAACCAUCUGAAUUGUCAAAACACUGACCCAACUCUUAUUGGAUAUUGGAAAAAUAAAAAUGUAAAUCAAAUAUACCCAAACAAAAUGAAGAAUAUGAAAGGAUGUCCUUUAUACAUAUCCACAAAUAAACUCUACCACCCUUCCACAGAACAGAAAAUUGCUUUGCAAUUAGUUAAACGCACAAUGAUCAGAUUGCUAAGAGACGUUAUGAACUUUACUCCAAUAAUUUCUAACAGAGAUUACGUAAGCAUAGAUUCUGAUCGCGCUAAGAAUUGGUCAGAUUCUUUGAACGACGUCGUAAAUGGUAUAGCAAAUCUAUCGACUUGCAGCAUUCCUUUGGGAAUUGAUAGACUUGGGCUUUUAGAUUACUCAGUCCCGUAUUUCAGAGUGAGAUUAGCCUGGUUGGCUCCACCAGUAUACACAGGACCUGUGUGGUGGCGAUUAUUAUCUCCUUUAAACGGAUAUCUGUGGCUUAUUCUCCUGAUCGUACUUUUCUUCAUAACAUCACUCCCUUUUACUUUAAAAAUGAAGUCUGUUAAAAAAUUCUGCUACAAAUAUUUCAAAAACAUAGAUAAGGUACAAAAUGUAGCUAUUAGAAUCUGGGGAGUAAUGCUGGGACAGCCAAUAAAAGUAGACCCCAAACGGUUCAGAGAUUUUUAUAUUGUUGGACUUUGGAUAUGGUUCACUUUCGUAAUAAGGAGUGUUUAUCAAAGCGUUCUGAUUGGAGCAUUGAAGACAGAGACGUAUAUUGGUAACUAUGCAGAUUUGAAAGAAGCAAUUGAUCAUGGAUACAAAUUCGGUGGUCGAGCUGGUAUGUUCGGUUAUUUCGAAUACGAUCAAUUCAUUAAAGAGGGUUUCCAAAUAAUAUCGGAGGACAAAUUUGAGGAAUUAUUUCACGAAGUUUUAGAUAGAAAGCAGAAGUUUGUCCUUGCAACAUCUUUGGAAUAUGCUUUGGCGUAUUGCUUCUAUUUAGAUAAGAAAGAGGAGGAGUGUGGGCAUGUACUUCCCGAUUCUAUAAUGACAGUGCCAUUGGUUAUUUGGAUGAAAAUGUAUUCACCGUUCAAGAGAUCUUUAACAGUUUGGUUACCAAGAUUGAUAGAGUCAGGGUUGUUAGAAAAAACUAUUCCGAAACCACGCUCCUGCUCCAUAAGAUCUAAUGAUCCAUCACCAUUGACGCGUCAUCAAAUGAUGAGCUGUUUGCUUUGUCUGCUAUUAGGAUUUUCUCUGGCGGCGACUGUUUUUUUGAUGGAGUUGUUGAGGCAUAAAUCUAAGAAGAUAAAUGUUGUAUGGAGGAUACCAAAUGUUUCGUGGAAGUAA